AUGAUGAAAGCCUGGCAAUUAGUCGAUAUUAAUGGUGAGGUGAUCAAUGAAGAAGACGUUUCAAGUGCUGGUUCUGACUGGUCAUUCAUGCAGUUUGAUCCAGAUGAUGGAUAUCCAAGUCGUCCACAUUCAGUAGCUGGUCGACGAUCAGAAUCUCUAGUCGAGUAUAAAUCUCGUUCACCUUCUGCAAACAGUGAUUCUAACUGUUAUAGCUCUCAUUGUAGUUUAGAAAGAUAUACUGAACCACCUGUGCGAUCAAAAAAUCAUAAAAAAUCAAAGAACAAAGAUUCACCUGGAAACACAAUGAUGUCUGUUACAUCAAAAACAGAAAUAUUAAAAUCUCAUCCACGUAAUGGAUUACGACCUGGUCAUAUACAUCAAUCCUCAACUAGAAAUUCCAAUGGAACACGUCAUAUGUUAGCACGUUGGAAUGCUUGUCGUAAUCAAAAUAAUCAUCAUUCCAAUCUAUGCGUUGAUACACAACGCUCUAAAUGUUUACGUCGUGGUCCAUUAAUCAAUCAUGGUUUUCAACGUCGUCAAGUUCGUCUGGCCAAUGGUGGUCAUAUACCGCAUCAAAGAAGUUAG